CGAAGAGAACUUUCUAGUUUUUAAAGAUUUUUUCUUCCUAACAAUCCAACCUCUGAUAGGUGUUUCGUUCUACCUCCUUGUCUUAUAUCACUUUGUGUGCAUAGCGAGAGAAGAGUUUCCACCUACAUCAUGGAUGUCCAAAGAAAUGUCUCUAAUAAAGAUAAGAUUCAAGAAAUUGGAGCAGAACUAGAACGUCUGGUUUCCGAGAACAAAGAGCUCUGCCUUCUGCUCCACAUGAUGAAUGAUAAGUACACCACCCUUCGAGCUCAUGUGGAGAAGAAAAGGGAAGAAAUGAACUCUGUAAAUCAAAGCUGUUCAAGCCACAACUUGAUCCACAGACAACCAAUUGAGAAAAUAAAAUCAAAAUCUACACGCAUAUUAGUUAGAACAAAAGAAGACAAUACUAGCUUAGUAGUCAAGGAUGGGUACCACUGGAGAAAGUAUGGACAGAAGAUUAUUAAAGACAAUCCAUCCCCUCGUGCUUAUUUUAGGUGUUCUAUGGCUCCAAAAUGUCAUGUUAAGAAGAAGGUUCAACGAAGUGCAGAUGAUAAAUCAGUUCUGGUGGCAACAUACCAAGGCGAACAUAACCACCCCUUACCCGGUGAGCUUGCUGGCGUGACCUCAUUACCAAAUGUAUCCAGCACUGGCUUGAUGUCUGAACUUUCAUGUUCUACAUCCGGUGACCGAUCUCUGCCGGCAGUCAACCUUGAUCUCACUCUAUGUGGGAGCAACCAUGAGGGGUAAAGGCCCACAAAGACUUUCAUAAACGAGACCGACAAUGACGACGACGACGACAGUAUCAUGGAAGAGUACAUCAAACUUUUGAAUGGAGAUCCAAGAGCAGCCUUAGUGGCUACAGUUGCACGCUCUAUUCUCUCUAAUCAUCCAUCCAAUAGCUGAACCUCAAUACCAACAUAUGACUUUGUUCACGAAGCAUAUAAGUCUCUGCACAAUUUUGCUGAAACAACUGAAAGUAAAAGCUACCUUUUAGACUGAUAUAUAUAUA